AUGGCUCCAUACUAUGGUCCAGAUGAGCCCCAGUCAACCGUUCAACUAGAACGCUUCUUUCUUGCUGGGGAUGUUGCCUGUGGUGUUGGCUAUGGUAUUCAACUGGUGCUCUUCUACUCAUGCGCGAUUUACCUCUGGAAUCGGAGGAAGCAAAGUCGGAAGGCUCUCUUCCUCCUUGCAUACAUCACACUAUUACUUUCGGUCUCCACCAUCUUCCUAAUCGUUCAAGCCCGCACUGUUCAGCUUAUGUAUGUCGACAACAGAAAUUAUCCCGGGGGACCGUGGCCAUUCUUCCUCGCGACGCAGAAUUGGGCGGUGAAUACUAUGUUCGACGCUUGCCUUUUCACUCUGACCUUCCUUUGUGACGCUCUCAUGCUAUGGAGAUGCUGGGUGAUCUGGACGUCCGCAGGAAAACUUAUCGCUUACCUGGUUUCUGCUAUUCCUGCACUUACUCUCUUGGCCUCCUUCAUCAUGGGUACGUUCUGGACUCUGGAAUCGAGUCAACCCGGCCUCUCUUUUUACUCAAAACUUCCUCUUGCAUUCGGAACGUCUUAUUACUCCAUUUCUCUCGGCGUAAAUAUCAUUAUGACCUUCCUCAUCACCGGUCGUCUUCUGGCGUAUAGGAAGCAAAUUCUCGACACUCUACCUGCUGAACACGCUAAAGGAUACGUCUCGCUACUUACCAUCGUCGUUGAAUCCGCGGCCAUCUAUUCCGUGUGCGCUUUCUUGUUCCUUAUCACCUAUUCCGUCAACAAUCCUGCAAAUCAGGUCCUUUUGUUCAUAUCAUGCGCUGCUCAGCAAAUUACAAGCUAUAUGAUUAUAUACAGGCUUGUUGACGGACGAGCAUGGCGCAAGGACACACUAUUCGCUUUCAGUACACAAAAAGGCUCUCCAGAGAAGUAUCCAAAAGACGUGCCCAACCAUCUAAGUACUUUUCACGCUGCGUCAGUUGGUUUUGCGCUCUCUGAAGUUGAGAAUCAAACUGCGACGAGUAUGGGAACGGAUAUUCACGACAGUUAUGGGGAAGAGUCCGACCCAUCUCAGGAGACUGCCGCUUGA